ACUCCCUCACCGAUCCUUCCUCCCUCCCCCUUGGCCCACUCUUCCCACUCCCUCUCCACCCCUUCUCUACGUGCACUCGUACUGUGCAACUAUCCCUCCCCACCAACAUCUCCCCCUGUAUCAGAUUCCAGAUUCAUAUUUCUUCACCGUCAGCUCAUGGUCCCUACCCGUUCCUUCCUCGUAAUUGUCGCUUUGUACCAGUACUCUUCCUACUUUCCCACCUUUCUCCUAUCUUACCCAACAUCUACCUUCUGUAGUACCAGUAUUUCUAGUUAUGUUGCUCCGAAAUGAUUUGUUUUAUAUCCUCCCAUCUCACAUUCACCCCUUCCUUUUCCCUGAUGCCUCGUCCUCGUCCCUCUUCGUUCCGAGCUACACCAAACCCUUUUUCAUCUUUCCUACCGUCUUUUCUAGGCAGCAGGACCAGUUCCUACCCUUCUACCGCUACUCGGACCUUACUCUUGAUCGCAUUCAUCAAGCAGAGCCUGUCUUUAAUUUCUUAGAAAACUCUGUCGUCAAUUCCGAUAAGUACAUUCGACUCGUUAUACCCCCACGAGAGCCGCAUCAUGGGUGUUAUAGCAGCGGAUACCCUGAGCAUGGUGGAGCCGCCGAAAUACGGGAGUCCACGGUGGAAUAAUGUUGGGAAGAUAUACAUUGCUGUUUUCGCGUUAUGGACGGUUGUUUUCCUCGUUGGCUUUACCGUUUUCUUGAUUCACCGAAAAUCGCCUUUUAUACGCCUGAAGAAUGUCCCAUUAGUGUGUUCGGCAUUGCUUUUGCUGCACCUGCAGCUGAGCUUUGAUAUACUCCUCUACCCACUCAACGGGUCAUUGCCGUGUGGUCUAGAAUAUUGGAUCAUGAGUAUAUGCUUGCCGUAAGCUGGCGUCCCCAAUUCACGAGGUCGGCUAUGUUUACUAACGCAUUUGUAACCUCAGUCUCGGGAUCGCACUCUUCCAAGCACAGAACAUGCAGCUUUUCAGUCUGUUCUGGGGGCAAAAGCACCUUGUAUGGUUAAGGUCGAGAAACAGCGGUCUUACGGGCCCCGUAAGCGCAGUGGAUACAACUCCCGCAAAAGGACGGUUGUGCCGCUGCUGGAAACAGUGGCGAAAGAUCUGCAUUCUCAAGAAAACUUACAUCAUAAUAGCCGUCGGGACAGGCUUGCAGGUACGUGCAGGGGGAAAGGGCAAUAAACUUCCUAUCGGAGAAUGGAUGUGUAAGAUCCUGUACUAAAACCAUUGCAAGAUCUUGAUCAGCACAAUUAUCUUUCUUAUAUCUCGACGUUUCCACCCGAGCUACGGCUGGGUAUCGGAAUCGGGUACCGCAUUCCAGUGCCGCACUGGCUGGGAAUGGUAUGUAGCACGCGAACUAUGCGUAAUCACUGCCCCCAUUUUGAUGCAGAUAAGCUUGGAGUGUUUCCGGAUGAAUUAUUUUUAACUUUGUGCUAGGUUUCCCUCCGGCGCCUGGCAAGCAAUUUGGACCUAUGGUUUUGGGCCCUUUAUACUUUACAAGAUCAGGAAGAUCCAAGACACUCACAGAUGGAGACUACAAACUACGUUAGCUAUACUAUUCAGGUCGGUAACCUUUUCUAAGGGAAAAAAGAUGCCCCGAGUCUUUUUGCCCCUUAGGAUGGCUUUCGUCAUUCUAUCCUUGGGGAAAUGUUCGGCUCUAAUGAGUUUUUGGUAUGCUAUAGUCUUCCAGCCCUGCCACUUUGGCUCUCGACCUGGUUUACACCUGAAUUCUACGUUAUGAAUGCUUAUUGGCCUCCAAAUCUAUGGUAAGCGUUUCAGUAAGGUUUGCCACGGAGAGCUAGUACUAAGAAUCAUUUCCUCCAGGUUUGUGCCAGGCCUAGGAGCGAUGGAGUUUGUUAUCCUCUUUUUCCCCAUUUUCGAGAUAUGGGAGUUCAAAAAGCGCCAAAGAAAGGUUAGGGAAGAGCCCAGCCAUGCCAAAUCCUCGAAGUACAGUCUAGCAGCUCUGGAAAAGGCUCUGCGUGACGAUGCCGAACGGUUGGAGGAGUUCGCCGCUACGAAGGACUUUACCGGGGAGAACAUCAUAUUUCUCAGGCAGGUGAUGAGCUGGAAGGAAAAGUGGAGAUCAGAGGUGAAUUCAGGAGGUUGCGAAAUACCACCGCCCGUCCUCAGGACACUGUACAAUGCAGCAGUGGAGAUAUUCCAAACUUUGGUUCACAGAGAGACGUCUCAUUUCCCAUUAAACCUUGACGAUGACAUCUACCUCCCUUUGGACCAAAUCUUCGGCCGUUCCGAUCCCGGGCUGCCACCAGACUCGUCGACUGACUGUUUCAACACCUUCCCCAAAGCAAUGAUCUCCCCAUUUGCAGACGACAUCGUACUCGUAGCCAACGCCAGGCGCCUCCCGGAACGAAAGGGGUUUCGCGAGAUCCGCGAGAAAGAUUCCGAAGCGGGAGCCGUGGCAGCAGAGAUCGACCCAGACCGUUCUACCCAUCCCCGGAAUAGCUCGGCGGAAAAUUCCCCAUUGUCAUGGAUUCCCGAAGGCUUGGAAACGGCCUUUGACAAGGCUGAGGCGGCGAUAAAGCAGAUGGUCCUUACAAACACCUGGAUACGGUAAGCCUCGAGACACGGUCUUGGCCGUUCGUGAGUUAUUGCCACAGGCCUAGCUUGUUGCAAUGAUAUUGUACCAAACAGGGAUUCAUUUUAGCUGACAUGGCUGGUUCAUUAGAUAUGUCGAUUCCCUACCCGCUUCUGAACGCUCGCUUAUUGGCGCAACGCCCCAGAUUUCCUCAGCGAUAAGCUGUAGGUGGAGGAAGUAUUUUUGGAAAAAGGGCUCGGAGUGAGCACUGCCACGCGUUGGGGGGGUGGGGGUUGUUCCUCUUUGCUUUCACGGGGGAGCUAAAAAUACCAUUUGCUCAAGCACAAGUAUCAUACUUGUACUCGAGUACCGGUACCCAUCUUUUUCUUUCCUUUUUCUUUUUCCUUUCUUUUUUUCCCUUCUUUUUGUCCCUUCUUUUUUUUCUUUUCCUCAAACGUUAAGGUUUUAGCCUUAUUUUUCACGUGCUAUGGCUUUUUUCUAAUCGGUUUUAGAAGGGGAUCCGGAGUUUUGGGUGUCAAUGACCGGGUUGGCGUAAUCUUGACUCAGCGCGCGCGCAGGGGAUAGGACCGGGGGGAAAACCCCGAUUUCUUGUAGUGAUAUAUGAUAGAUAACGCUAACCUGCGGGUAAAAGUUUACUGUAUGAUACGAGCAUCAUCUCGCACAAAGGGGAAUUCGAAUUUGUUCCGUG